AAGGAGCACUAUUUUCCCCAUUUUGCAGAAAAGAUAUAGAAAUGCAGAAAUUCAGGUUUUGGGAAAUAACAGUUGGUGCUCCGGUAGCGUGUAUGAAUAGCAGAGAAUACCAGAGACAACUGGGAAAGAGGAGGAUCAGAAUGUUCCAGCUGGUCAUGCUGCUGGAGAUAUGUGUAAAUAAGAACAUCUUUCUUUCUUGAACAUUGUUAGACCUUUUUUGUAAGUAUGUUCCUCAGAUUUUUUUUUUUUUAUGUAGUCCAUGUAUUUUUAUUUUUUAAAAAAGCUUAACUUGCUCUUGUUCUCAUGGUUCCUAUGAAUUUGAAGUUGUUUGAGCCUUCCCAAAGAAAGGUAACAGGACAUCUUCUCUCUAGAUUAUUUUUUUUCUUUGUUGUAGGUAAGGUGUGAGACAUUAAAAUGAAAGCUUAAGUCAAAGAUUGUGAUAGGUUACACUUGCGUACUGCUUGAUCACAAGUAUCCAAGCCUAGAAACAUUUUGGUUUACCCAAUCUUUCCAAACCAUGCCUUGGAAAAGUUUUAACAUUGUAUUUGUAUCUUGAUAGGAAUGGGUGUGUUCGAAAUCAUUGACAUAAUAUAUACAAUUUCAAAUUAAAAAGCCCCUCUCUUAGUGUCUGUUGUCUUGGGCUUUCAGAGCAUGGCUAAUUAAAAUAGGGGUAUACCACUGUAAUCUGUGUAAUUUUUGUACCCUUAAAAUCUGUACAAGUAGAUUGUACUUCUAACCAAGAUACAUUGUAAUUGCUGAAAACAUCCUUGCUGACAGCUCCACAGCCGCCUUUUUGCCUUAAUAAUAGAUCUUUUCCUUUUAAAUUGUAAUUUUCCUCUCUUUUCAACCACUUUUCCCUUUGUUCUGAAUGAGCACGUGACUUUCCUCCCUGGAUCUUUUUAAGAUAAGCCAUAUUUUAUGGGGACAUUAUCAUACGGUACUGUGGUUUGCUUAGAUGUUAGCAACCUUUCAAGGGUGUUAUGCGUGAUGGUGGUGUUCUUUCAGAAUGUAGAGGCUCAGUGUGCCAGCAGGCGCUUGCUGAUAAUUAGGAGACACUACUGAUUGGAGGUAUCUUGUUGACAAUCUUUCCUGGGUUCCAGUAAAUGAACUCAGCAAGAGCCGGGAGCUGGAGCCAGGGUGGAAAACAAAUGCCUCUCUGAAAAUGCCAUGGGUUCCAGCUCCGUGAUGGCCCUGCCUGCAUGCCAUUCAAAAUCUGCACAUGUGCUAUCUUUGGAUCUGGUGCCAUAAAUUACUUGCCCAAUCUGUAGUAGUCCAUCAAAACCAGAUGGGAUAAGUAAUCUCUAACUUUGAGGAUUCAUGUAAUUUUUGGUUCAAUAAAAAAGAGAUCUGGGAGUACUAAUUAGUUACUGUUUGUUCUCUUCUUUUCCUGCAUUCCCUCCACCCCCACACAUAACCUUUGGUUUUUCUGUUUUCUUCUUGCUGUUUCUUCAUCUCUUUUCUGUAUUAUCAUCCAUCUUGCCUUUUCUUAUACUGGACAAGCCAACAAUUACAGAAUAGUUCUUUCAGCAGGAAACAAGCUGCAGAGUGUAAGCAGUAACCACCACAGCAGCUGACCCAGUACGUUGUGCACGUCUGCCAUGUAGUUUGUUAGUUCUGUAUUGUCAGUGAGGGGUAGUCAAAGAUGCACCUUGAGUUCUCAAUUAUAGACUAUGGCACGAUGUUUAGGGAGUUGUAGUCAGAUGAAAAUACUGAUAAUAACAUCAGUAUUCUAUCUUGAAGAUUUCUAAUAUGGAACGUAAGGCCAAAACAUUUAAAGUGAUAUAAAUAUUUAUGGUCUGUUAGGUAUGUUAUUGUUCUUGCUGCAUGGUGUCCUGCUUCUUCCAUGGUAAUGACCAUGUGGAACAUUUCGCUUAUGUGACACGUUUUCUUUGAUUUUAUUCUUUGCUUUCCUUUUUGUUUAUUUUGGAUGAAAUACUGCUAAAAUUUUUAUGUAAGUCCUUUUCACUGUGUACCAAUGAUCUUAUUCUUUUCUCCUCUCCUUUUUUUCACCUGAGAUCUAUUCGAGAUGUCUGCUGUCUUGGCUUUGUAUGGUUACUGAAGACAUGUCGGUGUUCUUGGGCUGGAGUGAGUGGUAGCCCAACUCCUGGUGUUAGGAUUCUUUUUCCCAGUUGAGGAUGUGAUCUUCGUGGUGAGCUGGUGGGAAAAUUGAGUUGUAAAUCACCCCAAUGGAUGCGGACAGUGAUGUUGCACUGGACAUUUUAAUCACAAAUGUAGUGUGUGUUUUUAGAACAAGAUGUCAUUUAAACUUGAGGAAGAUUGCAUUAGAGGGAGCAAAUGUGAUAUACAAGCGUGAUGUUGGGAAGGUUUUAAUGAAGCUUAGGAAACCUAGGAUUACGGCCACAAUUUGGUCCUCAGGAAAAGUUAUUUGCACAGGAGCCACAAGUGAAGAGGAAGCUAAAUUUGGUGCCAGACGAUUAGCUCGUAGUCUACAGAAACUAGGUUUUCAGGUAAUUUUCACAGAUUUUAAAGUGGUGAAUGUUUUAGCAGUGUGCAACAUGCCCUUUGAGAUCAGAUUGCCAGAAUUUACGAAGAAUAACAGACCUCAUGCGAGUUAUGAACCAGAACUUCAUCCUGCCGUGUGUUACAGAAUAAAAUCUCUCAGAGCUACCUUACAGAUUUUUUCCACAGGCAGUAUCACAGUUACAGGGCCAAAUGUAAAGGCUGUUGCCAGUGCUGUGGAACAGAUUUAUCCAUUCGUGUUUGAAAGCAGGAAAUAAAUUUUGUAAUUCACCACUUGAUGGUUAGGUUCCCUAACCGAGCACCUUCAGAGACUGCUGCACAUUGGACUAAAAGCAAAAAGGAAAACUGGACCAACCAUAGCAGAGGAAUACAGACUCUUUUACUUGCUCAUGGCCACAGUAUAGACUCCAGUUCUUUUGGAUUUUACUCUUAACAGUGCUGUAUUGUAAAAACAGAAGUUUACAAGAUAUGAAAUUGCUGCUUUUAAAAAGACGUUCUAUUUAUUUUUGCAGUAAUUUCUGUGUAUUCAUAAGCAAAGCUGUCACGAUGUGCACUACCUUUAAGACUUUUUUUUUUUUUUAGCUUGAGCUUGUGUUUUAUUUGUGAAUAGUCUUUUACAUUUUUGUAUGCUGAAUAUUGGGCACCAAAGAAGCUGUAAAAGUUAUCUUUUUCACCUGAUGAAUGUGCACAAAUAAAAGUUUGGAAAAUAUUUCUCUUCAUACCUGUUCUGUUAUAUUACUUCCCUUUUUAUAUUACAAUUAAAAUUGUAUAGUUGCAAAUUAAUUUGAAGCAAUGUAGGAAUAGUCUUUUGCUGAUACCUUCUGUUUCUGUUUGUAGUAUGUGUAAAACUUUGUGCGUGGGCUAGAUUGAAAUCUAUAGCAUUUACAUAUGUUUAUCCAAGGAUGAAAUUUGGUUUGUUCCCAGUUCUCUUAACUACAUGCUAGACUUCAAGUAUUUUCUUGCUGUUACAUGAAGAGAAGACAUUUCUAAAUAGAAAGUUCUACAGCAAGUGUUUUCCUAUGGAUGAAUCGUAGAAUAUGCUGAGUUGGAAGGGACCCAUCAGGAUCACCAAGUCCAACUCCUGGCCCUGCACAGGACACUCCAAGAGUCACACCAUGUGCCUGAGAGCAUUGUCCAAACGCUUCUUGAACUCAGACAGGCUUGGUGCUGUCACCACUUCCUGGGGAACCUGUUCCAGUGCCCAUCCACUCUCUGAGUGAAAAACUUUUUCCUAAUAUCUGUACUAAACUUCCUCGGACUCAGCUUCAUGCUGUUUUCUCGAGUCCUGUCACUGGUCAUGAGAGUGAAGAGAUUGGUACCUGCCCUUCUGCUUCCCCUCGUGAGGAUGUUGAAGACCACAAUGAGGUCUCCCCUCAGUCUCCUCUUCUCCAAGCUGAACAAACUGAGUGACCUCAGCCCCUCCUCGUAAAGCUUGCCCUCCAGACCCUUCACCAUCCUCGUGGCCCUCCCUUGGAUGCUUUCUAAUAGCUUAAUUACCUUAUCAACUUAUGAAGCUACUGUAGAAAAAACAACUGCCUUGUCCACCUACUCGAUGCAAAAGAAAAAAAAUUAAAUGUGAACUUCAGGAAAAUUGUUGUGCUUCAACUGGAGAUGAUGUUGUGGUCACUAAUCCAGCCCCAGCCUAUUGCUGAAUGAUUAACACAGACCUUUUCUACACUUGUCUUACUGUAUACUGUUUUGAUGACAGGAGCUGCCAACAAGCAAUGAAGCUUGAUUCUGGCAUGUAUUAUCAUUGGUAUUAAUCUUGGACUUGGAAGCCAGUAGGUGUUUCUCUCAAUAAGUGCACAUUUGAAGCAGAAGAGAGGUGAAUGCUUAAAAGUAACUGCAAAUGCUACUUUUAAAAAGAUACAAUAAAUAUGUAUAAAUGUA